CGGACAGCGGGGCCAGCCAGUGCGGGCCGCCCCGGGCCGGCGCCAGCCAAUGGGGCCGGCCGGGCGGGCCGGGGACACCAGCGCUUCCAGGAAGCCGGCGGGGCAGAGCUGGGCAGCUCGGGAGCGGAGCCACCUGGUGCCAAGGUGACAGGACACUUCUCCUCUCUAACCAUGUGGAAUCCCAACGCAGGACAGCCUGGUGCCUACCCUGGAGCGGCCUUCCCUCCCAACCCCAUGUACCCGCCUGGUUCCAAUCCUGCCUACCCUCCUGCUGGGAACCCUGCCUUUCCCCCAGGCACAGCGCCCCCUGGCUCCUAUCCCAUCCCUCCAGCAGGGGUUCCAGGGCAGCCUGCAUACCCCCCCGGCCACCCCAUUCAACCCCCUUUCCCCAGCCAGCAGCCUGGCUGCCCUCUGGGUCCCUAUCCACCACCUGCUCCUGGCAUGCCCGGGGGGAUGGGUAUUAACCCCCUGAUGCCUGGGACUGUUGCCAUCGGGACACGAGUGCUGGACAAGAAGGCGACGAAGAAGAUGAAGAAGGCUCACAAGGUGCACAAGCCACACAAGCUGCCCAAGCAUGGAAAGCAUUCGUCAUCGUCAUCCUCCUCCUCCUCCAGCAGCAGCAGUGACUGACUGAGGCUUCCCUCCGCCUUCCAGCCACGCAUGCUUCCUGCCGCCGACCAGACAGUGAUCUUCCCCAGCUACAACCAAGCCACUGGCUGACUGGACUGGUGCCAGCCACCUCCCUAACAGCCUAUAUAAACAGGGCUAGGGACAGAGGCUAAAAUCCCCAGGAAAGACAGUGGCACAGAGCAGGGAGCCCCGGAGAGCCAUUCGCUAAUCUGGAUGUCACUGAUCCGGUGAUGGAGGGCACUGGUGUAAUCAGAGGUGUAACCUUAUCAUUAAAAGCAGGUGCACUGGGGGCCAGGUGUUAAAAUGCAGGAGCCCUGGAGCAAUAUUGCAGGUGGGACUCUGAGCUUUCAUGACAAGUCCCUUCUGGACUUAAAAAUUGGAGUCUCCUGACUCACAGCCUACGCUCUGUUCAUGAUGCAAUGGCAGAAUAAGCCCUCGCAAAUCAAGGCAUCUGCACCAGCCGCUCCCUUCAAUCCUUGAUAUCCUGGCUUGUUCUGGCCUGCAGAAAUCUGGGGAUGUUGCUGACUGGCUGGGAGGCAGGUUUGUUUUCAAGGGCAUAAGGAAGUUGGGCAUCUAAAUGACUUUGGAGAAAUCUACCCCCAGUUGUCCCUUUUCUGGUGGGAUGUUCCUUUUGGGGCUGAGGGAGGAGGUAGU